AUGGAAUCAGUAACGGCGAAAUGCAUGCUGAUUGUGCUGGGUGCCCUGGCCCUUCGGCGAUGGUUUCGACGGAGGGCUCUUGGAAGGCUUCCCCCAGGGCCGGCAGGAUACCCAAUUGUUGGCAACGCCUACGACCUUCCCCCAAAAGGGAUACCGGAAUUUCAACAUUGGCAAAAGCACAGGGAAUCAUAUGGCCCAAUUAGCUCUGUCUCCGUUAUGGGUCUAACGAUCAUCCUCAUCCAUGACAGAGAAGUGGCUCACGAGCUCAUGGGAAAACAGUCUCUAAAAACAGCGGGAAGGCCCCAAACAGAGUUUGGCACAGGCAUGUGUGGCUUUGGAGAGCUGCUGCCCAUCCAGCAGUACAACCAUGACUUUCGACUGGCGCGCAAGUUGAUGCAGCAGCAGCUGGGAACAAAAGGCGUGGUGAGCCAAUUUGACGAGCUUCAGACAAGCGAGGUGCGCAAGUUUCUUGGUCGAGUCGCAAAGGAUCCAGAGACGAUAUUUGAAGAGUUUGAAACUCUCAUCGCAGCUACUGUGCUCAAGAUGACCUAUGGCUACUCCAUGACGCCCUCUAAGACUGAUCCGCUGGUAGAGCUUGCAAGACGCAUGAUAGCCAACAUGGACCGAUCCCUUCAGCCGGGAGCGUGGCCGGUGGAUAUGAUGCCCAUCCUCAAAUACCUGCCUGAAUGGUUUCCCGGCGCCGGAUUCAAGCAAACUGCGGUGCAGUGGAAAGCGUUGAAAGAGGAGACACUAAACAUCCCUUACUCGUUUGUUCGGCAGCUCAUGUCCAAGGGUGACUACUAUCCAUCGUACGUAUCCAAACUGGUUCAACAAUGCAGCGACGGCAAAUUUGGAUCGAAACUUGGCGACAGCGACGAAAAUGCAAUCAAAUCAUCGGCAGCAGUCAUGUUCCUGGGCGCCAGCGAUACCGUCCCAUCCAGCCUCCGGAGCUUUGUGAACGCCAUGAUCAUGUUCCCAGAAGUGCAACACAAGGCACAAGCCGAACUCGACCGUGUCGUUGGCAAGGGUCGGCUUCCUCAGUUUGAGGACCGGGACCAGCUUCCGUAUAUUGACGCCCUAGUGAAGGAAGUCCAUCGAUGGUCGCCCGUUGCACCCAUGGGCCUUCCCCACACUGCGGUAGUUGAUAUUUACUGGAACGGUUACCGCAUUCCACAAGGAUCGUUUGUGAUGCCAUCGAUAUGGUGGUUUUGCCAUGACCCCGACGUGUAUACGGAUCCCGAUGCAUUCUGCCCAGACCGCUUCAUGGAGCCGCGAAACGAGCCUGACCCCAAGACGGUUGUCUUUGGUUACGGCCGCAGACUAUGCCCCGGCCGGCAUUUUGCUGAUUCGAGCAUGUUCCUUGUUAUUGUACAAAUGCUUGCUGUCUUUAACAUUGGAAAAAAGGGCGACGAGAAUACUGCCGCUGGCGACUGUGCUACAGGAAAUGAGAUUCGUGUUGACCAUGGCUCUGGAGCCAUCAACAUUAACCAUCUCGUUGGGUGCAAAGUGGACAUUACGUUGAGAGACGCAAAGGCCGAGGAUCUUUUGAUUGAUAUGAAUAAUGCCGAUAAUAAGGAAGAGGAGGACCAUUCUAGGCUGCUCGCGAGUGCCAUCAACGCAAUGCACAACUGA